AAGUCGGACAUAACAUUCAGCGCCAUCAGCUGACCGUGUCGUUUUUAUGAAUCAAAUUUAUUAUGUGUAGCGUUGAUGUGUUGAAGUACAGCGCUCAUUUGUUUAGUGGCGGUUUAUAUUUGGGAGAAAAUAAGAUUUCAAUGGGUGUGUACUAUUGUCAAAAUCGAAAAAUUAAUACGAAUUCCAUAGAUUUCUUAUUUAAUCAUAUUUUUGUCAUAUUCAUAUUUGGAAUAAAUAACUGAACUGUAAUAACUGUUUGUGUAUAAGAUAAAAAAUUAAUUCAAAAUGAGUGCGCGUCUUUUAAAAGAUCCUGCUACCGUUAGUAGUCGCAUAUUCGUAGGACAUUUACAAACAGAUGAUAUGACAAAACAUGAACUAGAAGAACACUUUUCAAAAUAUGGAACUAUUGUGGGAUCACUGAUAAAUCGAGGAUUUGGUUUUGUUCAAUUUGAAGAAGAACAAUCUGCUCAGAAAGCUAUUCAGAAUGAAAAUGGAGCAAUGUUCAAAGGCAGAAGAAUAGAUGUUAGACCUGCAAAAAAAGAUUCUCAAUCUGGUAGUAAUAAUACAGGUGGAGGAAAUAGUAGCGGAGGUAUAAAUAAUUCUGGAAGUAUAGGUGGUUCUGGUAUCGGUAGUGCUAACAGUGGACUAGGAAAACCACAGGGUAGCUCUAAUAAUCAAUUUGGUAGCACAAACAAUCAUUUUAACAAUGCAAAUGACUCCUUUAGUAGUGGAGGUCAAGGCUUUAAUAAUACAAGCCAAAAUCUUGGUAAUGAUAAUCAAUUUGGUAGCAAUUUAAAAGGAAACACUUCCAUGACAAGUCAAUUCAUUGAUGGAAAUCAGAGCAGAGAUAGUACAAAUGAUCAAUUUGGCAAUAUGAACCAACAUCGUGGAAAUAAUGAUCAAUUUAAUAAUAAUAAUCAGAAUAGAAACAGCAAUCAGUUUGGUACUGGUAAUCAAAACAGAAGUGGAAAUGAAUCAUUUGGUAGCGGUCCAGGUAAUCAGAAUAGAGGUGGAAAUAAUCAGUUUGGCCUCUCUACGAAUCAAAAUAGGCCAGGUGGCAACCAAAAUCGUAAUCAAAAUAUACCUGGUGGUAAUCAAAAUUCAGGCAGUGGAGGUGGAGGAGGUACUACUCCUGGUGGAGGUGGUAGAUUACGAGGCACUAGAGGUGGAAAAAAUAGAAAUAAAAAUAGAGAUAAUUCUUCUGGGAACAAUUUUAGAGAUCGUAGUCCCAUUAAUAGAAGCACUCGUAUAGAUGAUAAAAGUGGUCGUGAUUGGGAUCAUAAACCGAAUGACAGACUACGUAGCAACACUUUUGGAGGAAGAGAUUCUUUUAAUGAUAGUAGCUCUCGUUAUGACGAUUUCAAAAGUUCUGGUCCACGAGAUAUGAAUAUAAGCUUUGGAAACUCUGCAAAUACAGAUUAUUCAACAAUUGCAGCUGAAAAAAAUGACUGUGAAAUUAUAGUAGUUAAUAAAGCAUUAACAGAAUAUGCAGAAGCCAUUGAAAUGCGUUUGAAGAAAGUAGGUUUAACUGUAGAUCUAUUAUUUCCAAAUGAAGAUGUUCUCUUGAGCCGUGUUCUUGGUAAUAUAGCAAGUCGUGGUUGUUUAUAUGCUGUAGUAGUGACUCCUAUUAAUCAGGAACAUCACUCUCUCACACUUAACAUUUUACAUGGUUUACCUCAAGAACACAGAAAUAUGCCCGUUGAAGAUGCUAUUAAUUUAAUAUCAAGGGAUUUUGCUAAUUACAAAGCAGGGGGUCGUUCAGUUCCUCUUAAUACACCUCUUGCAAUCGAGCGUCAUCCUGACGCCAUCCAAGUCCUCCUAAAUAUGUUAGCAGACAAUCGUCAAUUGACUGUACUACAAUAUGACAGAGUUAUAAAAUAUCUCGAAGUUAAAAGAGAAGAACAAGUACAAGUAGAAUUGGGUGAUGCAAAAGACUUACCAGCUACAACAUUGACAGUUAAUGAUCCGAAACAAGCUGAGCUACAAUCGAGAAUACUUAAUAUUUUGAAUAGCAAUAAAAGCAACUCAUCAGCUCCAGCACCCAGUCCAGUUCCAGCACCAACACCAGCACCGGCUCCUGUCCCUCCAGCUAAUUGGGGAACAGCAGCAUCAACAAAUGCCACAUCAGCAUCAACGACUUCUACAACUACAACGGGAGUUUCACCAUCGCCAUUAUUAAAUGAUCCAACGGUUCAAAAGGCCCUUGACAGUUUGUUACAAGGCAAUUUGCUCAAAAGCAUUGGUGACCAACAACCAGCAGCAGCAGCAACAACAACACCUCUUUUUGCAGCUUUUCCUAAUAUUGGUCGUUUUUAACUAGCUUCACAGUAAUUCAUAAAACUUUGUUAACUACUCGAACCAUUUUGUUCUUAAUCACUCAUUUUUUGCUACCUUAUUCAAUGACAAAUAUAUUGCACACUUUAUAAAAAUUGUAGGAAAAUGACAUAAAUCAUUUUCUUAUACUCAAUACUGCAUACUGUAUCCCUAUAUUUUAAUUAUUUAUAAAAUGCUUUCUUCUUUGCAUCCAAUCAUAUUAAAACCACAAUGCUUUACAUACUAGAAUAUUCUUUUAUAAUUAACAGAAUCCUCAAAGUUUACCUAAAUUAUUCAUGAUCAUAUUACUUUUAAUCACAUCUAUAUAAUUUCUGUACACUAUUGAAAAAUUUUGUUAAAUAAUGUAAAAAAAAUUGAAUAUCUUAUUGAAUCUUUAUAUUUGAAGUUACAUUUAAUAGGGACUCGGUAUAAUAGCAGUAUACAAAUUUUUUAAUUGUAAAUGUCUCAUUCUUUGAUAUAAGUAAUCAGAAAUGAUAGUGUGUGUGUAUAUCUCUACAUAUACACUCAUUCACACACAUACGUGUACGUGUGUGUACUGCUACUAUAUGAUUUCAUUAUAAACUCAGUAUAAAAGUUAUUAUGGUAUGAUAUGAUAUGAUUUUAAUUUAACAUGAACGCGAUAUUAAUUUGUUCAGUUACACAUAAUGUCUUAUAUGCAAUAUAAUGAUAUUAUAAACUUAAUCGGCCUUUCAUUGUUUUCUAGGAGUAGCAGUAAUAUUAAAGAUUAUUUCUUUUACUUGAUAUAAGUAAUGUAAAAAUAUUUUUCAUUAAUAAGAAGACAAUUACAUUUUUAAAAUAAUAUAUAGAAUACCAUAUGCAACUAA